AGAACCUUUUCUAUUGUAGAGUUCUUUAUAUGGUUCAUGCAACAUCAAUACUCCACAGGAUCCAUCGGUUCAAGGCCAUUGAUUAGUUCAGGGUCAACAACUGUCAACUGCUCCGGGCAUGCCUACUCGAAUGUUGCUUUAAUCGAUAAUAGUGCACCGAAAGAAACAUCUUCUUUCUUUUUUUUUGGGGGUGCGAGAGUAGUGGCUAGGCCUUUCUUAAUGAAAAGGUCGAGAGGAUCAGAUCAAGAUCUCGAUCUCGACGGAUUCCGAUUACCAAGCUCUGAACCUCGCUCACUCAAUUCAGGCUAUUCCAGGAGAUCGGGGAGGUAUCUUCAAUAAGAAGUUUGGUCUUCGCCAUUUACUCAGUUCAAGUGUCCCCCGUGAUACGAGCACCAGAGCCAGGUAUAGCGCAGUGGUUGUUGUUUCAUCCGUUUAUUGAAUUGAUCUCACGAAACCAGAAGCAGAGGGAGCAGCCGAUGCCAACCAGCACGUGAACUGAUGAACGGACUAUCUCUCUCACUUUGAGGGCCGAUGAAGAAGCGGGGGAACCUGACCUAACUGUUUCUCUGAAACCGGAAUGGGGGAUGGGAGGAAAAAAAAAAAGAAAGAAAGAAGAAACAAACUGCCUUACUGGUCAACCCUCAUGCACACCAGCUCAAGCUCUGUGACUUUGGAAGCGUAAAAGUUUUGGUGAAGGGGGAGCCAAAUAUAUCAUAUAUUUGUUCUAGAUAUUAUAGUGCUCCAAAACUGAUAUUUAGAGCCACUGAGUAUACCUCGACGAUUGAUACCUGGUCAACUGGUUGUGUUUUGGCUAAACUCUUGCUUGGAUAGAUGGAUGAUGAGGAGAUAUCAAAGGGAGACAAGCUUAUUAUGAGGGGAUUGAAGUUCCAUGGCUAUCAUGGGGUGCAUGAGGCAGAGAAAAAGUUGGGUCAGAAGUUCUUGGUGGAUAUAGAUGCCUGGUUAGAUCUGAAAAAGGCCGGUGAGACCGAUAAUCUGAACGACACUGUCAGUUACUCUGAAAUUUACAGAUUGGUGAAGGGAAUUGUGGAAGGGCCAUCCCACAACCUGUUGGAGUCAGUUGCUAACACUAUUGCUUGCAGUAUAUUAACAGCCUACCCUCCAAUAACUGCACUUCAUGUGAAAUUAGGGAAGCCUCAUGUAGCUGUUCAAGGCACCAUCGAUUAUUUGGGAGUCGAGAUUUACAGAAACAGGCCCAAGUAAUUUGUCAUUUUUGUCAAAGCAAUUGUCUCUAUUGUAUUUUAUGAAAUAUAAACCGAGUUAUUCGUCUUU